CGCAUGCGCUCUGGCGGGCCGUGCCAUAUUGGAAUGAGGCAGUGAGCGGAGCGCCGGGAGCCCGAGCCCCGGCGGCGGCGCGGGGCUGGAAAAACUCGCCGCAGUCUGCCUGUCGACUUUUUUGGCAAGCUGAGAUGCUGAGGUAUACCAUAUGCCCUGCCUGCCAUUAAUUGAGGAAGGAUGCAAGGGGAGAGUAGAGCGACGGUCUAGUCAAGAAACCCUUCAAUGUGCUGGUCGUCCAAAGGAGUUUGUUUUCAGCAACCGUUCUUGAAUGUCCUCACUGUCGAUAGGACUGAAGGUGGGAGACAACUCAUGACCGCCAAACCGUGACAGGCGUGGGUUGCGCUGCUUCUGGCUGCUUAGAAGAAUCCCUGGGCCACUGUGGAGAUGAAUGGAGAACAGCAGUAUGACGCAGAUGCUGGUUCUGGUGUGGAAGAAAUGGAAUUCAAUUGGGAUGAGUAUCUAGAAGACACAGGAGCAACUGCAGCCCCCCAUGGAUCUUUUAAACAUGUGGAUACGAGUUUGCAGAAUGGUUUUGCCCCUGGUAUGAAGCUGGAAGUUGCUGUGAAGUCUGACCAAAACACCUACUGGGUAGCCACCAUCAUUACUACCUGCGGGCAGUUGCUCCUGUUGCGCUACGACGGAUACGGGGAAGACCGCAAGGCUGACUUCUGGUGUGAUAUCCUGACAGCUGAUUUACACCCCAUCGGCUGGUGCGAGCAGAACAAGAAGAUUCUCAAAGUGCCUGAAGGUAUCAAGGACAAGAUACCUGACCAGGAGGAGUUCCUUCAGCGGGUGCUGAAAGGAGCAUGCAGUGCUCCUGCUAACCUGCUGGAGGGGCUUCACAGAGGGAAGAAUCCUUUGGAUCUCAUUGCACCAGGCUCCAGACUAGAACUGCAAAACUUCCGGGAUUCCUUGGAAGCCUGGAUUGUCAACGUGGUAGAAAACGUGGGUGGGAGACUUAAGCUGCGAUACGAAGGUUUGGAGGAUUCUGACAAGUUUGACCAAUGGAUAUUCUACUUGGACCCUUUCCUUCAUCAAGUGGGGUGGGCAGCUCAACAGGGAUAUGACCUGCAACCACCUUUAGCCAUUAGGUCCUUGAAGAGUGAAGCAGAUUGGCAAGAGAUCCUGAAGAAGGUGAAAGAGGAGGAAGAGGAGUCAUCAGUUCCUACUGAUCUUUUUAAGGACAAACCUGUGAUUGGAGUGCAUUCAUUCUCUGAAGGCAUGAAGUUGGAAGCUGUGGAUCCGCUGGCUCCUUUUGUCAUCUCUCCUGCUACAGUUGUCAAGGUAUACGAUGAAAAAUAUUUCAUGAUAGAAAUUGAUGACUUGAGACCAGAACACACAACCAGCCAGUCUUACAUUUGUCAUGUCAACAGUGCUGGUAUUUUCCCUGUGCAGUGGAGUCUGAAGAAUGGCUUGCAUCUCAGUCCCCCACGAGGUUAUCCUGGGCAGGACUUUGAUUGGGCGGACUACCUCAAACAGUGUGGUGCUGAGGCAGCUCCCCAGAGCUGCUUCCCGUUGUUAACUUCUGACCAUGGAUUUAAAGAGAAUAUGAAACUCGAGGCUGUGAACCCAGUCGAUUCGGAGGAAGUCUGCAUUGCUACAGUCACCAAGCUGAAAGGUUCCUACCUCUGGCUUCAGCUGGAAGGCUCUAAAAAGCCCGUCCCUGACUGUAUAGUGAGUGUGGAAUCAAUGAACAUAUUUCCAGUGGGUUGGUGUGAGACGAAUGGAUAUCAGCUCCAGCCUCCUCGCAGAGCAAUAGUAAACAAGCAGAAAAAAAUUGCAGUAGUUCAACCAGAGAAACAAAUUUUGUCUUCAAGGACAGUUCAUGAUGGACUAAAGAACCAGGAGCUAAACUCUUCCGACUCAGUGGUAAUUAAUGGAAAGUACUGCUGCCCAAAGAUCUACUUUAACCACCGGUGCUUCUCAGGGCCGUACCUGAACAAGGGCAGGAUUGCCGAGCUUCCCCAGUCUGUGGGACCUGGGAACUGCGUUCUGGUUCUGAAAGAGGUUCUCACUCUGUUGAUCAAUGCAGCUUACAAACCCAGCCGUGUCCUUCGAGAGCUUCAGCUGGAUGAAGAGGCUGCAUGGCAUGGGCAUGGAGAGACCCUAAAAGCCAAGUACAAAGGGAAGAGUUACCGUGCAACUGUGGAAGUCGUGAGGACAGCAGACCGGGUGGCAGACUUCUGCAGAAAGACAUGCAUCAAACUGGAAUGUUGUCCAAACCUCUUUGGUCCUCACAUGGUGCUAGAUAAGUGCUCAGAGAACUGCUCAGUCCUAACAAAGACUAAAUACACACACUAUUAUGGAAAGCGGAAAAACAAGCGGAUAGGCAGGCCGCCGGGUGGCCACAGUAACCUGGAAGUAGCCAUGAAGAAGCCAAAUAAAAGACGGAAGAGGCGAAAACACUUUUUUGUUCAUAAGAAAAAACGUUCUUCUACUUCAGUGGAUAACACUCCAGCUGGAUCUCCCCAGGGCAGUGGGGGAGAAGAGGAGGAUGACCAGGAUGAGGUAGAUGAGGAAUCUCUGACUGAGGAUAGUACCUCAGAGCAGCAGGACGAAUUGCUUGAGGAGUCAGAAGUGUCAGAGAAGAAAUCGGUGUCGUCCUCUCCUACGCAGAGCGAACUGUCUCAUUCUCUGGCUCAGGACCGAGACAAGCGGAAGAGGAAGCUCAGGACCUUUUCCUUUUCUGAUGAUGAAAAUAAACCUCCUUCGCCAAAGGAAAUAAAGAUUGAAGUUGCUGAAAAGCUGCAGCUGGACAGUAACCCUCUGGAAUGGAGCGUGUCUGAUGUUGUACGAUUCCUCAAAUCUACUGACUGUGCCCCAUUGGCAAGAAUUUUCCUCGAUCAGGAAAUUGAUGGCCAGGCACUGCUGCUGCUCACUUUGCCCACUGUUCAGGAGUGUAUGGACUUGAAACUUGGGCCAGCUAUCAAACUUUGCCAUCAUAUUGAGAGGGUCAAACUUGCCUUUUAUCAGCAGUUUGCUAACUGAGGAGCAACCAAGUUGAAGUGGACCUUUGAAGCACAACUACAGCAACAUGCUCCUUUCUCUCUGGCAGGGAAAGUCAAAUGAAGCUAAACUGAGGCUCUGGCAGCCUACGAGCAUCUGUCAAGCUCAGUUUUUCACUUUAAGGAAAGGAAGACAACAUCUGGAGCAAAAUGCCAAUACAAACACGGGGGCUACUCUGCCAGCUGCCAGCUUGGGAACACGAUAGUCUCUUGCUCUAUGGUUCCCUUUUUUUAAAUGUAUUUUUUAAUGAUUACAGAAAAGUCUCCUCUGGUGGGAAGUGACAUUUCAGUAGUUCUGUUGGCACAGAACUCUAAAAGGAGCAACGGAUCCCGUUUACGUUAGCAUGCAGGCUGCCAGAAACAACCUUUCUCUGUUCCCCCUGAUUCACAGAAUCCCCUUGCCCUCCCUGUGGAUGAACACGGCACUGGCUUUGCAAUGUGCUCCUUGCACAUUCGUGUGUUAACGUUGGGGGUUUUUAAUGAAUUUGUUCAUUGUUAGGACAACAAUGUGGCCACAGGGUUCUGAAUGUACAGUAUAGCAAGAGUGUGGUUUCUUUUACUUUUUUUUAUUAUUAUUAUUAUUUUUACUACCUCUGUAGCCUGAACAGUAAAAGCGAUGAUCUAGAAAGGGAGGGAACUGCUUCUUCUGGACAAAUCAUAGGUAGCUGCACAGCAGUCUCUCUUCUAGAGGUACGUCAAAAGUACAAACCAGUAUCGGCCUGCAGAGCUGCCGUUCCAAAGCUUUAGCUGAAACCUGUGUCAACUUAACUUGGAUGCUACCUUGUUCUCAUAUGUCAGAAAAUUUAAUUAUUUUGCACUUCUCUUACAGAUGGGCUGUAGGAAAAAAGGAAGGAAAGAGAAAGUGCCUCUGCAUUUUUUCUAUAUUCUGGUUGUCAGAUAAAAUUUCUCUACUUUUUUUCUUAUAAAUUGUGUGAAGUUAUUUCCUUUUCCUCUUACCAGUUAACUGGGCUGUGUACGCAGAGCCUGUCAGCAGCUCUUUGCUUUGCUACCUGAUCACCUGUUUGGAGUAUACACUAAGAAAACUGCGAUCGAUAGAGGACUGCUCUACCAGUGUUUUCAUGCUGGAAACUAUAUUAUGAGCAUGACUUUUUUUAACCAUUUAGUGCUGCUCAGGACCAGACUGAAAAAGGGGAUUUUUUUUGUUUGCUUUUGUGUGCCUUUUCUGGGGGAGCGAGAAGGGAAGGGAAAGGAGCAGAGGGACAUGUAGUUCCAUCAGUAGACAUGCGGUGGUGAUGAGUUGCUAAUUUUAAUUUUCCAGGGUAUUAGAACCCAGUCAGCCACUAGCUUUGGGCCUAUGCUUUACACCCCUUUAAGUAACAGGGCAUACCUGCCUUCCGUUAAGAUUGUGGGAAACUUGCAUCAAGCUUGAGAUCUGCUUCAAAUAAGCAUUAGGUUUCCUAUGCCUUGCAUUCAUCUCCUCUGCUUAUUUUCGCAAGCGUUUGGAGAGCAUGGGCGGGAGCUGUAUGUGUGCAGCCAGGAAGUGUGCGCCCCGUGUCCUUCCUCCUACUCAGAUGCGUUUCUGCAGAAAGCCCCCGGCAUACAAAGCCAUGUGAGCUAGAAAGGUGCUCGCUGUAGGAAUUUCUUUAGGAAAGACUGUUUUUUUUGACGAGCAGUGGUUAGUCUGGUCACAUGGAUUGAUUCAAGCUCCUCUUCGGCCUAAGACAAUUGGUUAUUUUGGUGCCGUGAUCUGUAGGAUUCAGCAGGGAGGUACUCCGAAAGCGAAGACCUGCGUUUGCGCAGUCUAGGCAUUGAAGGGAGCUCCCACCAGUGAAACUGUUUACAGUGAGCAAAGCCGGUUUUGACUUCCUUAUGCUGAAAGCCCCUUGGAAUAACUGCCUGGUCAAGGCAGGAGUGCUGAAAUACAAAGAUUUGUUUUCCCAUUCCAGAAUGAAAAGGUAAAUACCAGACAAACCGCUCACUAGCUCAAUAUUCUUGGAUGAGGGAGGGGAAAGGAGUGCGCGACUAGACCGAUGAGUAGGAAAGCAUACUAAUUUGAAGUCAAAGUGCCCCUUCUUCCCCUCUAGCCACCCCUACUCCAGAUAGGUACCCAGUAAAUGGAUAGUUUGGCUAUUUAUGUUGUCCUUAGGUCGUCCUCUUGUACUCCAUUCUCCUAAUGGCAACUGAGUGACAAGCCAUUAGGCCUGAAAAAAACGUUUGAAGGAAACAUUGUUGCUUUGCUGUCAGCCUUUUGUCUUGAGAAAUUUGACCGCGAGAACUUAAGAGCUGGAAGAGGAUGCUUUCGGAUCACAUUCGUCAUUCUUCAAGGUUUUCCACGAUUCUCUUGCGUUGUAAAAGAAGCCGACUCCCAGCGGUGAACUGACCUGCGUAGCCCAGAGACGUUGUUUCCACCUUUCCCCAUGGACAAAUAGAGAUCUUCAAAAUAGGCGUCGGGAGAGAACAGAGCUUGAAGGGUGAUUUAGUGAACGUGUUAAGAUGGCGCCUAGAGUUUUAAAAAUAAAUGCCAUACUCCUUGUAAAUGAAGCAGUCAGCAGUUUCAGAGGUUCGUUGGGGUACCUCCGGGUCACCUUUGGCAUGUGUUAUAGGCUGGCUUUUUCUGCCUUGUUUUGGGAGGCACUGACAGUCUGGUCCCAAUGGGAUCUAUUUUAGUUGAGAUUUUCAAAAGGGAUGUUUUCAUUAUUUGUGAAAUGUUUUUAUGCUGCACAUUGAUACUGUAUACUCUGUUUCUUUGAAAAAAAAUGCACUCUGUUUUAUUGCUGGAUUUAAAAGGGAUAAUUGAGGCUUUAUCUUGACGGACGGUGUUUCUACUUGAUUCUGUUUCAAGUUCCUCUUUCUGUGUGUGGCAGAUGACACAACUGGGCUUAUAUCUGUUCGUCUUGUACUAACAUGACUUGAAAUGGGCUCAUGUGCUGCUUUUGUUGCUCUGUUUCUUCAGAACUGAACUUUGGGUAGCUUGAUGGCUGAAACUUGGCUUUAGAUGGUAACUGUGUUUCACCAGCAAGAGCUGCUGUGACUUCAGUGUUUAAAUUGGGCUUCAGGAGUUGGUGCUGUCCUCUACCAUAGCCACCCACCGGAGGACUGAAGAAAGCUGGAGUCCGGGAGGAAGGCAGUGGCGUCUUCCACAUGUCUUCAGUAUCAGAAAAAGAGCUCUUCAGUGGGCCUCGUGUACUAUUUAUACGGAGGGUAGAAGGAAAUACUCCUUGGCUGACCUGUUGAGGAUUUAUGUUCUUGCUCAUCUUAUUUUUAUAUGCAUUGUACAGUCUCGGUUUUGCACAUCAUAGCUUUAGAAACCUGGUGGUGCCUUCCACGUGGCACUCACGCUGUGCUAAGCUUAGCCUUGUUGGGCAGGAAAAUUUUGUUGCCGAGUUACUAUCGUGCUCUCUGCACCAACACAAGGAGUCCAUAACAGCAAUAUCUGACCUCCAAAAAUGAGAGGCAAGGUUAAUGUGCUUGAGUUAUCCCCUAAUGCAUAAGCAGCUUGCAGUCUAUUCUAAACUGAGAGGUAAAGAAGAGGAGAGGUACACUGCUGAUCUUGGUGAAUGAGGACUAGUUUUUUCUAGUGGUAAAAUUUCUGAAAACUGCUCUUUGAGGAACAAAAUGAAAGGGAAAUUCAUUUAUUGGGUUUUGUGGAACAGCAGUGGCGUUUGCAGUCCCUCCUGGGACUGAUGGAAGCAGUAUGUACAGAGAGUUUGGGGUGGCUGUUAAAAUUUCUCUUCUCACAACUUUCAGCAGUAUUUUGCUGUUGCUUUGCAUUUUGCUAAAGUUUAAGCUUUAUUACUGAUGUUUUAAAGGAGGGAGUAGUUAGCUGCUAGGUCCACGAAGUGUAAAUGUAUUUACAGUUGCUUGGACUGAGCACUCUGUUCUUCUGAGUAAAGUACAAAGAUUUGGUACAUUAUUAGCAAAAGGCAAAGCGGCUCAUGAGAUUUUUGAAUGUAAUGGAUGUAAAGGCUUCAGAACUGCCAAGGUCAAAUUGAGACGGGAUACCUUUGGACCUUGAACUACUUAUUUUGCUGUGGACAAUGCAAGCAGAUCUCUAAGGGAGAAGUUACUAGAUGAGGUAGCCUUACCAGAAAGCCAGGAAUACGGUGCUCCUGUACGGAGCGGCGACUCCUCAGCCAGGCCUACCACCUAGCGGCAGACUGGCUGCUGCCUGCUGUGAGCUCGCACUACCUAAGGGUAGCUAAGCACAAAGGCCUAAGAUCUUUCAGGAGACGUCAAAUGUUGUCCAAAGGCUCCGUUUGAAAGGGAUCGUGUGCUGAACCGACACUUCAGAGGGCUGCCCGGCUUCCCCCGUUCAUGCGUGCAGCCUUGUUUUCAAAGGCAGCCUGGUGGGUGGAGGGUUAGAAUGGGACUGGGGUGUGCCAGAUGCAACAAGCCUCUUCACUGCAAUGUGUUUUUCUAAAAAGUAAGAAAUAAAAAAAAUUUGUGUAUGAAACCUAACCAGCAAAAACAAGUAAAGGUUACUGAGACUUUCUCUCCAUGGUCCUAUCUAGCUUCUUUUAUGUUGCAUCUCUUGUCCUGAAGUGCAUCACACAGUAGAGAUGGACUUUUUGGUUGGAAACAAAGUUAUUCUGUUAGUUGUGAAGCCAGCAGUGGUUUGCUCAGCUCUAAGCCAUGGAAUCUAGCAGGUCUUGCUCUGACCAGCAAGCAAAUUCGGAGGCAGCAGCUCCAACUGCCUUGGCACAGACAUGGGCCCGGAGCCCGUGGAAGCUCCCAGCGUUGCACACUUCAAGGUAAACAGACCUUCUGCUUGAGUGGUGGGGCAAAUUGCUCAAGCUGCAGGAAUGAAUAAUGAUUUCCAGGAGAAAAUGAAUUCUUGCCUAUUCUGAAAGUUGUUGAGCACCAGUUUCUGAGAAACCUCAUAAAAAAAAAAAAAGAUACCCCCCCGAGAUGUCAUGUUCCUCCUCUCCUCUUUCAUUUUGUUUCUGUUUAAAAUAAAUUUGUUUAAAAAAAAAAAAAAAACUAUGUAGACAAUCAGAGGUCUUCUAGGAGACUCUAUCCUGAAGGGUACCAGCUCUCUGUGCAUGGGCCUCUUUCUUGUACUAACUCAUUGGAACUGAUGCACUUUUCCUGUAUUUCGCCUUUUUUAAUUAGCUGCUUGUUCUUAAACAAAGAUUUUAAUGCAUAUUGUGUUGUGUCCCUUCUGCUUGUUGUUUUAUUUUUCUUUCUUUAACUUUUAAAUAUAUAUAUAUGCAGUGAGACUGAAGUACUAAAUGGAAGAGAAACAUGCACAAGAAAAUAUGCCUAUUAAGUCCCACCGUUGUUUGAGAAGGUGUAACAAUUUAAUCAGAGGAUUUUUAAAAAGAUAUUUUGGAUGGAUAUUUUGCCUGUUUUGUCUGUAAAUAGUGUAUAUAAGUUUGUGGUAUAUGACAGUUUUAAGUGGUUGUAAGAAAAUUAAAAAAGAUCCUUAAACUGUUA